AUUUUUCUAAGCACACAUCGUAACAAGCACACAAAGCUGCAAUAUGAUCACUAAGGUGGCCUUGGUCCUCUGCUUCGGCCUCUCGCUAGCCGUUGCCGCACCCAUUGAUGCUUACGGUCAUGGGGGAUACGAAUUGUCUGCGCCCAUUUCAUAUGCCGCACCCGCUAAGAUUUUAGCACCAGCCAUUUCUUACUCUGCGCCCAAGAUCCUUGCUGCCGCUCCAGCCAUUAGCCACCAGGUGAUACACGCCCCAGCGCCAUCUAUUAUCGCACACGCAGCGCCCGCCAUUGCCGUUGCUCCUGCGCCAACGAUCAUUAAGGCAGCACCAGCUGUAGCCGUAGCCAAAGUAAUCGAACCCGAGCCAUAUGAUCCGAAUCCACAAUAUAGUUUCUCGUAUGGCGUAACAGAUCAUGAAACUGGCGAUUCCAAGUCGGCUGAAGAGUCACUCGUCGAUGGCGUAGUACACGGCAGUUAUUCGUUAACAGAACCCGAUGGCUCUGUACGCAAGGUCACUUACACUGCGGACAAGAUUAACGGAUUCAAUGCUGUUGUGGAAAAGCAAGGCGGUCCCGCCCCGGUAGCAGUAGUGGCCAAGCCAGCAGUUGCCGUUGCGGCUGUACCUGCUAUUACUAAGGUCGCAUAUGCUGCACCUGCUAUAGCCAAGGUGGCCUACGCUGCCCCAGCUCUACACUACGGCCACCACUAAAGGGUAGCGGUUGAAUACCUCACAUUUUUGCUGAGGUUGUGGAAGAGCAUUUAUUAAAAUUGUUUUGUGCUGCUGACCGGGCUGCUGGAUUAUGGACUUAUGACUUCUGAACCGAACAAAUGAACGCAUCUAAACAACAUAAAUACUUAUGUAUAUUUAACUAUAUUAAACAAAUUACUUGUUAACUUAUGAAUACUUAUAGUCUUAGCAGAGUGCUUCUCUGCAAGCGGAAAACAACAAAGUCAACACACAAUGUAUAGUAACACUUUUUAGCAUCAAUUUUAACAAGCAAACAAACAAACCAACAACCAAAAAAACACUCUCGAAUACGCCUCUCUAGCGUACAUCCUCGCUCUAUCAAGCGACUGUGACUGUGUGCGUCGUGUCGUGUAGUGGCACGUGACUCAUAAAGUCGCGCUACAGUCUGCCCGUUUGACUACCGGCUGCUUCUGUUGUUGCAUGUUCACCUACGAAUCAUUCUCAUUCAUCUCAACUGUUGUACAUCUAAUCAAUUCCUUUAGCAUUAUUAAAUAUUUUAAUUGUUUUAAUUUGUUUUUUAAAUAGAGCAAUAUGGCAGUGAUUUCCAAUUUGCCUACACGCAUACAAACAUCCAUACCCACCUACAUGCAUAUGUAUGCCAGGUAUAUGGAUGUGCUUAGUACUUGGCUAAGUGGAAAUCUCAAUAAACAGUCUCGUGUAUUAGCUUGUGCACUUACUGAAAUA